AUGCAGGCCCAAAAGCCGAACAAACUACCUACCGCAUACAUCACAAUGCAUCUCCAUACAGAAGGCAGAAAAAACCAUACAGCUGCCCUCAGUCAAGAUCCCGCAACACAUCCCACGAUAACUGUUAUCAUCAUCGCAACCAUCAACAUCAUAAACACCGUGACAAUCAUUCCUUUUGUGUCACAAAAAUGCCCACCAAUCCAGUGUGUGCAUUAUGCCUUGGCUCAUACCCCCAUGAUUUUCCCAAAUGCAACGCAGACUGCAUGUGGGAUGGCUCCCCCAUCAGAUGUACAAAAUCAGAAAGAGGCAGAAUCAUCAAUCCUGGUGGUAAACCCAUAUACAUUGACUGGCAGAGACACAGAGGAUGUUGCAACAAUAACCACCCACAACAUCACAAAUGCUCAGGAUGCCAGUAUUAGCAAGCUAACAGAUGUCACAGACACAAAGUUGAAAUUCAAAAUACUAGCAAUUAACCCACCAACAUAA